AUGGAACCAUCACAAACAACGCUCCCUGGGGCCGAGCAUAUAAACUGGAACUUCAUCAAAGACCGUUUAGACCAUUGCAGAAACAAUCAUGGAAGCUGCACCCCGCCGCAGCGAGAGCACUGGACCGAUUUCCGGCUCAUCGACGUCGACAGAAUGUGUCUUGUCCUGCCCCACGACAACCCGCGCUUCGUAGCGCUCAGCUACGUCUGGGGCGUAGGUCUAGAGGCCAACACAAUUCAAUGCACCAAAUCAAAUCUGCCAAUCCUUGAGCAAGAAGGAAGUUUGCAAUCACUUUCCCUUCCAGCCACCAUCCAAGACGCCCUCGAAGCAUGCGCCAAGCUCGACGAGCGCUAUCUAUGGGUCGACCGCCUGUGCAUCGUCCAAGAUGACGCGGAAACCAAACAGCACCAAAUCGAGCACAUGGAGUCGAUAUUCGGGUGCGCGGAUUUCGUGCUCAUCAGCACGCACGGAAAGGACAUGCAUGCCGGCAUCGCAGGCAUCAGCGCAAAACGGAAAGACCAGCUGGUGUCGCGGCUGUUCCGGACAUACGUCGUAGGGCAGCAAAUGCACCUGAACAUGGCCAUCGCAAAGUCGACCUGGACCACUCGCGGCUGGACGUACCAGGAAGCUGUGCUCCCCACUAGGCGUGUCUGGCUUACAGAGUCUUGGGUCUAUUUCGAGUGC